CGUCUUUGUCUCGAAUUCCUAUCCAAUCCCAAUAAUUUACUUCUUUAUUUCUUCAGAGUUUUAUUAAAGUAAUAAACUCAGAUUCCACAGAUAUUCAUUUUCAUCUUCAUCCACCGCCUUAUUACUAUAUAAGAAAAGAAACCCGAAACAGCGAAGAAUACCAAGCUAACGAGAAAAAAAAAGGGAAAGCUUCAAUUCCUUCUUGGAUAUGGCGUCUCUCAGCGGCUUGACUCAGCAAAUCAGCAACAGGAACUCGGUGGUCGAGUUACCGAUGACUCAUCGGCCACAGCUGCAUAAUUCGAUCAAGAAGAGCUGCAGAGUUGGGUUAGGGGUCAUGGCUUCUGAGAACAAUACUAGCACUUCUGAACUGGAUCUUAGUGUAACUGUAAACGGGUUGAAAAUGCCCAACCCCUUUGUUAUUGGGUCUGGUCCGCCUGGAACUAAUCUUGCCGUUAUGAGGAAAGCUUUUGAUGAAGGCUGGGGAGCUGUCAUCGCCAAAACGGUAUCACUGGAUGCUGCAAAAGUUAUAAACGUGACUCCCAGGUAUGCCAAAUUGCGAGCAGGAGCAAAUGGCUCAACCAGAGGAGAGAUCAUUGGUUGGGAAAACAUUGAACUUAUAAGUGAUCGGCCUCUUGAAACAAUGUUAAGCGAAUUUAAACAGUUAAAAAAAGAGUACCCAGAUAGGAUCCUUAUUGCUUCAAUUAUGGAAGAGUAUGACAAAGCUGCCUGGCACGAACUUAUUGAUCGUGUUGAGCAAACUGGAGUUGAUGCUAUUGAAAUUAAUUUUUCAUGCCCCCAUGGUAUGCCAGAGCGGAAAAUGGGUGCUGCAGUUGGGCAAGAUUGUGCACUGUUGGAGGAGGUAUGUGGAUGGAUUAAUGAGAAAGCCACAGUUCCUGUUUGGGCAAAGAUGACGCCAAACAUCACUGAUAUAACUCAGCCUGCAAGGGUUGCUCUAAGAACAGGAUGUGAGGGAGUGUCAGCCAUUAAUACAAUCAUGAGUGUCAUGGGAAUCAAUCUCGACACUUUACGUCCUGAGCCUUGUGUUGAAGGAUAUUCAACUCCUGGAGGCUACUCUUCAAAGGCUGUCCAUCCUAUAGCCCUUGCGAAAGUAAUGAGCAUUGCGCAAAUGAUGAGGUCAGAAUUUGGAGAUAAAGAUUGUUCACUUUCUGGUAUAGGAGGUGUUGAAGCAGGUGGUGAUGCUGCUGAGUUCAUUCUUCUUGGAGCAGACACAGUUCAGGUCUGCACUGGGGUUAUGAUGCAUGGAUAUGGUAUUGUGAAGAAACUUUGCUCUGAGCUGAAGGAUUUCAUGAAAAAGCAUAACUUUUCAUCCAUAGAUGAUUUCAAAGGGUUGUCACUGGAGUAUUUUACAACUCAUACGGAUUUGGUAAAAAGACAGCAAGAAGCAAUUCGGCAGAGGAAAGCUAUCAGAAAAGGUUUAGCAUCUGACAAGGACUGGACAGGAGAUGGUUUUGUACAAGAAACUGAAAGCAUGGUUUCCAAUUAAGUGCAACACCAAAGUGCAACUCUGUAACAUGUAAAAAAGAUGGAUAUGCCUCUGAUUGGGAUGUUGGGGGAUUCUCUAAAAGUUUUUCAAAACUCAGUUCUAGCUCAAUUGUAAAUGUUGAUGGACUUUGUUUCUUUCUUCUUUGUAGCACUUCCUCAAUAAAAUGCUGAAUAAGUAACCAUGGAUUCUCAUAGCA